AUGCGUCAAUUAUGGCAAAAUAUUGAGUUUCUGUUCAUAGAUGAAAUUUCUAUGGUAUCCUAUGAGAUGCUUUGUAUGAUCGACUCUCGUUUGCGACUACUGAAAAUCCCAGACGCUUGUUUUGGUGGCAUAAACAUGAUACUCUUUGGUGAUCUAAUGCAGUUACCACCUAUUAGAGGACAUCAAGUUUUUCAACAACCAGAUCAUAUGAAGCUAGCUACACGUUUGUGGCGACAGUUCGGUCUGGUUGAACUUAAACAAAACAUGCGGCAACAAGGAGACACAGCAUUUAUAGAUGUACUUCAUGCCCUACGAGUUGGAGAAAUGACGUCUAGGCAACUUGAAAUCCUUAUUGAAAAAGUUUCAACGGAUGCGACUAAUGAAUUUUCGAUUGAGAAAGCAUUAAGAAUUUACUCAACGAAUGAUCAAGACAUCCCGUCAGUCCGUAUCGACUUCGGUUCUGAUGGUGUGCACAUGAUUAAACCGAUAUCGAUACAGUUCCCAGCGAAAUAUAGAUAUAGAACUGCUGAGAGACGGAUGUUGCCCUUAAUCCUGAGAUGGGCUUUGACCGUACACAAGAUGCAAGGUUGUACAGAUGAUCAUGCAGUCAUUUAUCUAGGUUCGCGACUGUUUGCUGCUGGACAAGCCUAUGUAGCACUUAGUAGUGUAAGAUCUUUAGACGGUAUGCGGAUCGAAGAACUUGAUUGCUCUAAGAUAACUGGAAAAACUCCAUGCAACAGUGAGGCUGUAAAUGAAAUGAUUAGAUUACGGAAUGAUUCCUAA